CACGGACUAUACCUGUAUAUAUACUCUCUGUAACACCAUCCCAACUCACACUCGAGUAGCACCCCUGGUCUUAUAAGAUGAAGGUCGUAGCAUUGUUCCUCUUCGGCUUGGCCUUGGCCGCCGCCAACCCCUCCUGGGAAGAAUUCAAGGGUAAGUUUGGCAGGAAGUACGUGGAUUUAGAGGAGGAGCGCUACCGCCUCAACGUCUUCUUGGAUAACCUUCAGUACAUCGAGGAGUUCAACAAGAAGUAUGAGAGGGGCGAGGUCACCUACAACCUGGCUAUCAACCAGUUCAGUGACAUGACCAAUGAGGAAUUCAAUGCUGUGAUGAAGGGGUACAAGAAGGGCCCUCGGCCAGCAGCCGUGUUCACCUCUACUGACGCAGCCCCUGAGUCUACGGAAGUGGAUUGGCGCACCCAGGGUGCCGUAACCCCUGUCAAGGACCAGGGACAGUGUGGCUCCUGCUGGGCUUUCUCUACGACCGGCGGCAUUGAGGGUCAGCACUUCCUCAAGACAGGCAGCCUGGUUAGCCUCUCUGAGCAGCAGCUCGUCGACUGCGCUGGCGGCAGUUACUAUAACCAGGGAUGUAAUGGUGGCUGGGUGGAACGAGCCAUUAUGUACGUGAGGGACAAUGGUGGCGUUGACACAGAGUCUUCCUACCCUUACGAAGCUAGGGAUAACACCUGCCGCUUCAACUCAAACUCCAUCGGAGCCACAUGCACUGGCUAUGUGGGCAUCGCCCAGGGCAGCGAGAGCGCUCUGAAGACAGCCACCAGGGAAAUCGGUCCCAUCUCUGUUGCCAUCGAUGCCUCCCACAGGAGCUUCCAGUCCUACUACACCGGUGUCUACUAUGAGCCCUCUUGCUCAUCAUCCCAGCUUGACCACGCUGUUCUGGUAGUUGGCUACGGCUCGGAAGGCGGCCAAGACUUCUGGCUCGUCAAGAACUCUUGGGCCACCAGCUGGGGUGAGAGUGGGUACAUCAAGAUGGCUCGCAACAGGAACAACAACUGCGGUAUCGCCACCGAUGCUUGCUACCCAACCGUCUAGAUGUCAUGGCACUGCAGACCACUAUACCAGAGCGAAUGGUGGCUGCUGGAGCUGCUCCGUGACAUGAGACGCCUAACAUGAACAGUCUACAAGGACACCUAUUACAUCUUAUUGGUGUUAAUGUAUUGAGAUGCAGUAAUACAGUAUUGAUACACUCAAACAAUAAAGACUGUUCACAGAA